AUGGCCGCAUCCACCCUGUCCGUCUGCUCCAGUGACCGGAGCUACGGCAGCCGCGUCUGCCUGCCUGGCUCCUGUGACACCUGCUCCGACUCCUGGCAGGUGGACGACUGCCCAGAGAGCUGCUGCGAGCCCCCCUGCUGUGCCCCCCCCUGCUGUGCCCCCUCCUGCUGUGCCCCAACCUGCUGUGCGCCUACCUGCUGUGACCCCAGCUGCUGUGCCCCCUCCUGCCUGACCCUCAUCUGCACCCCUGCGAGCUGUGGGUCCAGCCCCUGCCAACCAGCCUGCACCAGCUGCUGCCAGCCCUCCUGCUGCAGCUCCUCCCCCUGCCAGGAAGACUGCUGUGUGUCUGUCUGCUGUAAGCCCGUCUGCUGCACCCCUGUCUGCUGCACCCCUGUCUGCUGCAAGCCCGUCUGCUGCACCCCUGUCUGCUGCCAGGCCUCACCCUGCUCAGCCUCCUCAUGCUGCCAGCAGUCUAGCUGCCAGCCCUCCUGCUGCAGCUCCUCUCUCUGCCAGGAAGACUGCUGCAAACCUGUCUGCUUCACCCCUGUCUGCUGUAAGCCCGUCUGCUGCACCCCGGUCUGCUGCAAACCUGUCUGCUGCACCCCUGUCUGCUGUAAGCCCAUCUGCUGCACCCCGGUCUGCUCUGGGCCCUCCUCCUGCUGUCAACCCAACCCCUGCUCCUCGUCCUGCUGCAGACCGUCCUCCUGCGUGUCCCUGCUCUGCCGCCCCGUGUGCAGGCCCGCCUGCUGUGUGCCCGCCUCCUCCUGCUGUGCCCCUGCCUCCUCCUGCCAGCCCAGCUGCUGCCGCCGAGCCUCCUGCGUGUCCCUGCUCUGCCGCCCCACGUGCUCCCGCCAGGCUUGCUGUGUGCCUGCCUCGACGGUCACUGCCCUCAAAAGCAUCACUGAGGACCCGGGGGCAGGCCUCCCCCGCUGUCUGGCGGAUGGCGCCGUGGCUGCGGGGUGCGUGGAGGGAGGGUGUCUGCGAGCCACUAGCGGCGCCGCCUGCUCCGUGGGCAUCUACACGGCCAGCAGAACUGCUCACAGGCGGGGCGUCUACACCGUCGCGGGCUACCGUUGCCCGCGGAGAGAAGGAGUCGGAGUCCACUCCAGCCCCACCAUGUGCCACACCAGCUGCUCCACGGGCUGCCAGCCGGCCUCCUGCUCCCCCAGCUCCUGCCAGACGUCCUGCUACGUGCCCGUGAGCUGCAGGCCCGCCCUGUCCGUGAGCUGCAAGCCCGCUGUGUAUGUCGUCCCCUCCUGCCAGUCCUCUGUGUGUGUGCCCGUGAGCUGCAAGCCUCUCGUGCUCAUGGCCUCCUCCUGCCAGUCCUCCGGGGGCUGCCAGCCCUCCCGCCCCACCCUGCUCUACAGACCCGUCUCCUGUAGCACCCCGUCCUGCUUCUGACCGGGAU